AUGUCUUCUUUCCCAAAACUUGAAAACCCAAACUUGGAAGGGUACCAUAUAACCAGAGCCAUGUGGUUAGAAUACUACAACUCACACGAAAAGACCUUUGUUGCGAAAAAGAAGUGUAGCGGUUGCUACAGUGAUACUAAAUUUGUUGUGUGGGCUGUAUCUGUUGGUGUCCAGGCCGUGGUUGACGCUGCUCGAAUAUACCCCGAUGAAUUCAAGCCGUUGAUUGGACCGGCAGUUGAUAUAUUUCAAAAAUACAAGAACAACAAUCUUAAGGGGUAUUCCGCAGCCGAGGGUGGUGACAAGGAUAUCUACUAUGAUGAUGAUGCGCAAGUGGCUAGCGCCAUUAUCACUGCAUAUGAAGUGACUGGUGAUAAAAAGUACUUAGACCAAGGAAGAGAAUUGGUUAGGUUUUUGAUGGGUGGUUGGAAUGAUAACCCAAAAGCAGUGACAAAGGGUGGUGUGCAUUGGCAUAUUUCGAAGGAAUAUUUGAAUGCUUGUACUACUGCUGAGGUGGCCAAGGCAUGUUUGCAACUUUCAAAAUUUGUGCCGCAAGAGAGUCAAGUGUAUGUUGAUUUUGCGGCGAAGUGCAUCGAUUGGCAAAUCAAGGUGUUGCAAGAUCCUCUGGAUAAGUUAAUCGAAGACGGUGUUCAGCAAGAUAGUGACAAGGUUGAUGACACCAAAAUAAGUUACAACACUGGUACCACUUUAUCAGCGGCUGCCGAGUUGUAUCACAUCACCAAGGACAAGAAGUGGUUGCAAAUUGCCACUGAUUUGGCUAAAGGAGGUAUCCAUCGCAAUGCAUACUUUUACGACCGUGAUUUCCCCGAUGACAAGAGAUACUGGCGUGACUCUUCGUAUUUUGUCCAAUUGCUAAUUGAAGGUCUUGCUGAUUACUUGUUGUACGUUGAUCCAAAAGAUGUCCCUGAGGGCUUGGCGCAACAAAUUCAUGAAGAAAUUAAACGACACUUGAUUAUAUUUUACGAGUUUAUCAAGGAUCCCAAAGAUGGAAUGUACUUGCAGAGCUUUGAACCCAACUUUACCUACAAAGAAGUUUACGAUGCCAAGUAUCACGAUUGGUUCGGCGAUUCGAAGGGGUGGGGAUUGAAAGGAGAGGAUAAAGAUGAUCAAGGCAAUCCACAAAAGUGCCUUAUGGGAUAUGGAGCUGCCGCCAGAAUAUUUUUUCAAGGGGCUAGAGUAGUUCCCAAGAUCGAUUAG